AAUGUAAAAUAUUAUUUGAAUAAUAAAGCAAUGGAAGAGAAGCCUAAAGAAACGGGUCCUUCAAAGCCGCCACGAAUUGUAGAUCACUUGACCAGCGGAUCCGUUAGUGAUGGCUCACCCGUCACUCUCAAGUGUACCAUCAAAUGUCAAACCAAAUUCGACAUAAUGUGGUUGCAUAACGACAAAGAGAUUAAGUCGAGCCCAGACUUCCUCUAUAAGACCGAAGGCGACAACUAUUUGCUCGAAAUUCCUGAGAUAUUCCCCGAAGACUCUGGUAUUUACACGUGUGAGGCAUUCAAUGACGCCGGAGAGGCAUUCAGUAGUUGUACUCUUGAUGUCAACGUGCCAAACGAAGAGCCUAAAGGGCCGGGUAUUACUGUAUUCCCGCAAUCAAUCACAACCCAUGAGGGCUCCAAAAUUACAUUCAAUUUAGAGACCAUUAGAAGUGCUAAAACAGUUGAAUGGGUUAAAGACUCGAAACCAUUAGAAGAGUCCAGCGGUUGUCAGACGAGUAAAGCCAGCGAUAAUAAGUUCAGUUUAACGAUACCUUCGAUAAGGUUAGCAGAUGUGGGCCAAUACACAGCCCGAGCGACCGACGAAACGGGCACUUCGAGCGCCACCUUCUCAUUGAAUGUCAUGACUGAAGCCGAUCUCUAAACAACUUUAAUUAUUUUGAAAAUAAUUGAUAAAUGAAUUGUUUUAAACAAAUUGUACGCAAAACGUCUUUUUUAUGUAUAACACAAAUCAAAUACAUUUAAUAACUUAUUUGUUACUUAUAUUUAUAUAUUAUAUUGAAUAACAUAUGAAAUAUACUAAUAACUGUUAAUUAUAUUAUGAUUAUAUAAAUAUAAUUUAAUUACUACUAAAUGGGGGAUUAAUAUACAAUAUAAAGUGUACUUUAUAUAUGCGUGUUUCAGGUUUGCGUACAAUUCAAUGCAAGUUUAUAUCCGUUGUUUAAGAGCCGAUCGCUUUUCAUAAUCACAAAUGUUUUUCUUGUUUUUAUUCAUUUAAAUGUCUCAUUAAUAGGAAUUAAUAUAAUUAUAACUAAAUAAAUGCUCAAACGAUUUGUGUUUUCAAAUUCAACUCAUUUAAUGAAAUUAAAUCAUUUGAAACAGAAUUUAGUCCCUUAUUUUGCUUUCAAACCCUAAUUAAAAGCCUUU